AUGGGAAAGAUUAAUAGUGACUCCGUGGAGUUGACCUCACCAAGUGAGGUCCGCCAGGCUCUGCCCAUCGAAACUCACUGCUCAUCUCCAGCAGAUGCCAAGAAGACAUCAGACACAGAGGACCGAGGAACAUGGAAGGGGCGAUUCGACUUUUUGCUCUCCUGCGUGGGGUACGCCAUCGGGCUGGGAAAUGUGUGGAGAUUCCCGUAUUUGUGUGGAAAAAACGGAGGAGGAGCGUUCCUCAUCCCGUACUUCCUGACGCUGGUCUUUGCCGGGAUCCCGCUGUUCUUCCUCGAGACGGCUCUGGGACAGUUCACAUCUAUCGGGGGUCUUGGGGUGUGGAAACUGGCUCCCAUGUUUAAAGGGGUCGGCAUGGCCGCUGUGGUGCUGUCAUUUUGGCUUAAUAUUUACUACAUUGUGAUCAUUGCCUGGGCACUGUACUAUCUCUUCAAUUCCUUCUCCUCGACCCUGCCCUGGCAGAGCUGUGACAACAGCUGGAACACCGAACGAUGUUUCUCCAACUACUCUCUGAACGACACCACCAACCUGACCAGCACCGUCACCGAGUUCUGGGAGAGGAACAUGCAUCAGAUCACAGGCGGUCUGGGCGAGCCAGGAACUGUCCGCUGGCCAUUGGCGUGCACACUGGCGCUCUCCUGGGUCAUGGUGUACUUCUCCAUCUGGAAGGGAGUGGAGUGGACUGGCAAGGUGGUCUACUUCUCUGCUACCUACCCUUACUUCAUGCUGGUGAUACUGUUUUUCCGAGGGAUCACCCUUCCCGGGGCCGUGGACGGCAUCCGUUUCUACAUCACACCCGACUUCAGCAAACUCUCCAACUCAGAGGUCUGGAUGGACGCGGCCACUCAGAUCUUCUUCUCCUAUGGCCUCGGUCUGGGAUCUCUGAUUGCUCUGGGAAGUUACAACUCCUUCAAUAACAACGUCUACAGAGAUUCCAUCAUUGUCUGCGGCAUUAAUUCUUUCACCAGCAUGUUUGCCGGUGUCGUCAUUUUCUCCAUCGUUGGCUUCAUGUCGCACAUCACCAAAAGACCCAUCCAGGAGUUGGCAGCUUCCGGGCCGGGGCUCGCCUUCCUGGCCUAUCCACAGGCUGUCACUCAGCUCCCUAUGUCUCCCAUCUGGUCAAUCCUCUUCUUCUCCAUGCUGGUCAUGUUGGGAUUGGACAGUCAGUUCUGCACGGUGGAAGGUUUUAUCACCGCCCUGGUAGACGAAUAUCCGCAACUUCUGAGGAGCAGGAAAAAGAUCUUCAUUGCUGUCGUCUGCGUCAUUUCCUUCAUUAUCGGCCUCUCUAACAUUACCCAGGGUGGAAUCUACGUGUUCAAACUGUUUGACUAUUACUCGGCCAGCGGAAUGUGUCUACUCUUCCUGGUUUUCUUUGAAACAGUGUCCAUAUCAUGGUGUUAUGGUGUUGACCGCUUCUACCAGGACAUUGAAGAAAUGAUCGGGUACCAGCCUUGCUCAUGGUGGAAACUCUGCUGGGCUUAUUUCACCCCCUUUGUCUGUCUGGGCGUCUUCAUUUUCAGCGCUGUGGAGAUGACGCCCCUCACCCUGGGGCGAUACGUGUACCCUUCAUGGGGCCAGGGCAUUGGCUGGCUCAUGGCUCUGUCGUCCAUGGUACUGAUACCCAGUUAUAUGUUGUACCUGUUUCUCACCUCCUCCGGCACCUUCAGCCAGCGCCUCCGUGAAAUGACGCAGCCACAGAUGGAGCGAGUGAUGCUGAAAAACGGUCUGCGUCCCAGGAUCAGCCUGGAUGGAACCUCCAGAGACAUCCCAGGAGUGUGAUUUUUGGACCCUCAUUGUACACUGCGCCCCUCACAUAUGCUUCCCAUUGGAUUCCACACUCACCGUUCCUUUCCGUUAGUUUUAGGACCCAACAGGAAGACCACUGCUUAGUCACCGUGACAGA